AUCUUGAAGUAAAUAACAAUUGUAUUGCUAAUAUUUUAAUUUCAAUUCACUAUUUUUAUACUGUUAAUCCUGUUUAGAUUUCAACAGUCCUCUGUAACUUAAUGAAAGCUUUCCACUACUGUUCUUAAGGAUGUGGGGUGUGUUCACCUGCAUGCAGAUAGGUUUAAUUUUAUAGGAGUAUUUUAUGAAAAAUUUGAAUUUUUUUUUUUACAUUCGUUGCCCACGAUAUUUACAAUAAUGUCAGGAGGAAACAAGAUGUUGCAUAAGAUCAUGGUCAGGACGACUCUUCUUGUAAUAGUCUCAGUGCAUCAAGUUCAUUCGUUUCUUUCCCCUUCAGUGUCCUCAAAAGGGAGCUCUCAGCCACGGUGUGGGUUCAUGCCUGUGAGGAUGAAUUUGGGUCUGGGUGAGCGAGUGUGUGUGUGUUCACCGGCUCCUGCGUGUGGCUUAUCUGGAACCUAGGUAUCAUUGUACAUACCGUGUUUGUAAUACUUUGGAAAUUUCUUUGCAUUUCGUUGUGAUAAAAUUUAUUUCAUUUUUCCAUCUCCUUUUUCAGAAGAACUUAUGAAGAAGUUUGAAAUCCUUCAGGGAAAAUUGGAAGUGUUGCAGAAAAAUAUUGGCAGGACUAGAUCAUUAUUUUAUGCCGUAAAUGUGACCCUGGAUGCAGACACUGCCCACCCUGCCCUCCUGCUGUCUGAAGGUGGGAAACGAGUAACAUGGCAAGAAACUUGUCAAGACCCACCCAGCUCCACAAAGAGAUUCGACUACCUUCCCUGUGUGCUGGGUCGGCAGGACAUCAGCUCAGGAAAAUAUUACUGGGAGGUGGAGGUUGGGGACAGCCAUUCCUGGGACCUAGGAAUCUGUAGGGAUAAUGUAAAAAGGAAGGGGAGGGUCACUAUGUCCCCACAGAAUGGUUUCUGGGCCAUCAGGCUCUAUGACGGGGAAUACUGGGCUCUCACCUCCCCAGAAACUCGUCUUACUCUAAGAGAAAGGCCCCUUCAUGUGGGNGUCUUACUCUAA